AUGCGCUCCCAUGACUUGGGACAUUCUCCUAGCUUAACCUCUACUAUUCACUUGACAGUAAAUAAGACCAAAUCAGUUGAGAAGGCGCUCAUUCGUAUGCUGAUUGAGCGAUAUCGUCGAUAUGGAGUGAUUGGGCGGCCUGUGAGCGACAGCAAGACAAUCCUCAAGGUGAACUAUGGGCUGCAGCUCAUUCAGAUCCUUGACUUGGACGAGAACAAGCAAAUUCUGCAUACAAACUGCUGGUCUAUGUAUAAAUGGCACGAUGCACUCCUUCAAUGGGAUCCCGCUGAACAUGGAAAUGUCACGGAAGUUCGAAUCUUCCCCUCUCAAGUCUGGACUCCGGAUAUUCAGCUCUUUAAUUUUGCUGACGAACGCAUUCGGGAGCAUCGAAUAGCUCGAGUCGUCGUUCACAGUGAUGGUAGCAUACUCUGGAUUCCACAGGCUCUCUUCAAAAGCACCUGCCAAGUUGAAAUCACCUAUUUUCCUUUCGAUACCCAGAUAUGCACACUGGAGUUUGGUUCGUGGACAUACGAUCGGACGCAGUUGGAGUUGGAUUGGUGGAUCUCUUCCAGUUCACCCAUCCCGAUGGCUUACGUGGACUUUGUGGACUAUGUGCCCAGCAAUGAGUGGAGGACCGACGGUGAGGCAGAGAAGGAUAUUGUGCACACCAACCGCACCAAACAGAUAAAGGCCUAUAAGAGAUAUCAGGAGAGAAACCAAACAGACGGGGAUGUAGUCACCACGAGGCAGUACACCGUCCUCUGUUACCGCGUGCGCCUACACCGCAACCCCAGCUUCUACAUUUUCAUUCUUGUUGUGCCCUGCAUCCUCCUCUCCUCUCUCACAAUCGUCGUCUUUUGGCUUCCGCCUGAAUCUCCGGCUAAAAUGAUGCUAGGAAUGAACAUCUUCGUCACAUUUUUCCUCCUCCUCCUUGUGUUGGCCGGUCAGACGCCGAAUGCUGUCAAGGAGUUCCCUCUGAUAGGUGUCAAGGCUGCUUAUUUGGUGGAGCGUUUAUUCGGCAAAACAGGUGCCUACUUCUGUCUCAACAUGAUUAUGAUUACAUUAUCGACGUUUCUCGCUACACUUGUCAUUCACUUUCACUACCGAGGUGCUCGCAAUGGACCGCUUCCAGCUAUUCUUCAUCGCAUAAUAAUCGAGGGGAUGGGUCGCCUCAUGAUGGUUCGACAGAGCAUUCCGCUGCCGGAGGAGAAAAAGACGCUAAGUCACGUGGUGACACGAACAGGAGCUGGAGGUUUGGGCAGACGCGGCUCUCGGCGUCGGAAAGUACGCGUGCCGGAGCUACCCUCUAAUAAGUUCCUUGAGGACGAUGACGACGAUGAAGACCACAUGAAUAACACAAACACCACAACUAACAACGAGUCGCCACGACGUCUGCCUUUCGGACCGACAACAAACUGCAUAGACGGAGGUGGUAGUUGGAAGCAUCAACUGUGCGGUGGGAGCAACCGAGCUACCUGCCCAGGCUGUAUGGGGCUGGGCGAUUCAGUGGGAGAUCUCUCACGGCGCAGCGGAGGCACUUCUGGCCAGCUAGACUGGCACGCCUCGACCGCAGAGCCACUGCGGGGGGUACCGGCGGUAAACCUGGACUCCGAAGACUCGCCAAUUAUGCUGAGCUCGAGCACCAGUUUAGAGCGUGACGUGCGCGAGUUGAAACGCUACGUUCGAAUGUUUGUAAAUCGACAGAAGGAGGGUGCACGCAAGAACGCCAUUGCAAUGGAAUGGCGCACUAUGGCCUUAGUGCUUGAUCGCCUCUUCUUCUUCAUGUAUAUCGCUACCAUCGGUAUCACUGUGGUUACCGCUCUGCCUCGCUCUAAACGUCCAGAGGGCUCCAACUAA